AGAGCGCAAAAGCCGCUGACUUGGUUGGUGCUUCCAUGUUGACUGAGAAGCGAAUAUCGAUUCACAGCUCACUGCGCUUGGACUGACAUUUCAACAUCUCAAGAGAGUUUGUUUGAACGUCACUAAAGCUGGAGCACUUGAAAUAUUUCUUGAAAUAUCCUCCUAAACUCUUUUCCUUCACAAAUUCCCGACGUAUGCGGAGGAAACUCAAAUUGUUUUGUAACUCUAAGCAGAAUACAGACACUUCUAACAAGUCUAAAUGAGCGAACCAGCUCCAUCAAAUACGUCAAUAAAAUCCGAACCAGAACCGAGCGACAAACCAGAAGGUCCCGCAGCGGAACCAAUCCCAGAAUGGGCUGAUGCGAAGUCCGUGUGGUCCUGGGGAUGGAGCGUUCACUGGCUUGGUAUUGGCUGCUUGUUUAUGUUGUUGGCUUUGUACGCCGCCUGGUCAGUUCUGACUAUCACAAGAGAAGCUAAACGACGUCGACGAGUUCUAUCGAUAUUCAUCAACUCUCUGUUGUUUAUAUUUGGAUUAUCACGAGGACUUUACCUUUUCAUAAACCCGUACGAAUCGCCACAGUGUCACGUGCUCCCAACGUGCCCUAUUUUACUGUCAAGACUCUUGUUUGCUGUGGGUUUACCUUGUCUGACGGCAGCCUUCUCGUUCAUCCAUCUCUUGUUUGUACAAGUAAUCAAACUUAAAGUUUACCCGCGGAAGUUACAAAACUGGAAGUUUCUUCUUCUUAUCRUCACCGUUCACUUCAUGUUAGCGUUCCUUAUCGAGUUCAUCAUCUUUGUUUAUGCCGACUGGAAAGCUCUUUCUCUCGUAUGUCAGGUGUUUUACAUCGUCUUUAGCAUUGUUCUAUCCACUUCGUUCUUACACACAGGACAAAAGAUCAUCACGCAUGUACACCGCUCGGCUUCACGRAUAUGUCACAUGGGAAAUCGGUCAAUCGGAAGAACACCGCUGGACAACGCGACCGCACGUCGAAGAAUACGGCCUUACACUCCUAAUGUAUCCAAACUAGUUAAAAUCACAUAUAUCACAGCCGGUCUUGGAUUUAUUUGCUGUGCACUACAGCUGUACUCCAUUUUUGGGAUUCACAACAUGUACCGGUCAGCGGAAAUCACCAGACCGAAGCCUGUACCGUGGAUGGUUUUCCAGUCAAUUUUUCGACUUGUUGAGCUUGGAGCAGCGAUAACAAUGGCGUACGUCAGUCCUAAACAAACUAAGGAAUGGUCACAUGACUUGUUCCCAUGCUUUUCCUGUUGUUGCAAAGRCAGUAAUACAGCUGAUAUUUACUCGGCCWCGUACACGGGAAGCAAUGGCAGUCAUAAGAUGAAGACCAUAGAUGGCGGUCAAAAUGGACAUGAAAAUAAAAGUGAGAAUAUUGCCGAUUUGACGAAGUGACAACUUGAGUUUAAAACACUGAGCUGACAUUCUAUUAUCAACUGAAACAUUUAAAGAAUCUUUCUUUAUAUCGUUAUUGCUUAUAAAUCAAAAACUGAGUACUGCUUUGUAAAAAUAUUGGAUGCAUAACCAAAAUACCUGGUUGGCGUGGUAGAUAGCAAACAAGAAGUGAAGUUUUGACAUUGCUUCUUAGYAAYGAUAUCGCGAGUGUCUGCACCUUGUCAAUGACUCUUUCCCAGGCCAUUUUCUAUUUUCUGCCUUUUGGCCAUAAGCCAUAGGAUCAUUGACGAUAAUAACAACUACAGAAAGUUAAAGAUGUAAACAAGACAAAAAAUAAAAGAUAAUAUUGCGAUUUCUUUUUACAUACA